CUCCUCCGGGGGUAGUGCUACACGUGGGGGCUCGUCCGGGAUUCUACUUCUCAAUAAUAAAGAUUUCCCUUCAUAAUGUACCUCACCCUUGCCAAGAUCAGCCAUGGAUGCAGCUGCUGCAUCCAAGUGGUGCAUAGAUGAGAAUGUUCCCUUGGAGACUGGCCUCGUGAUAGAGAUCAAGGGAGAAGCUUGGCCUGAAGAGAAACUACUCCAAGUCCUGAAAACUUUAUCCACAGAUAAGAAGUUCUGGGUGACAGAUACGAAUGGAAAUAUGGACUUCCAAAUUGCUUUAAAAACCCUAGUGUGAAGACCACAGAGAACAUAGAACUUAUACUGAUACACCCUACAGGAGAGCCAGACAGUCCUACUUCUUCUAGUGCGCUGGCACCCAAUGGAGCUAUAGGACAAAAGGGGAGGAGGUCUGACAACACGCCACUAAAGGACCUCAACCCAGAGUUAUGUGCUGUCCUGGAGGAAAUCGUAGCUUAGUGCAAGAAGGAUUCCCCGGAUUACCUGACGACAGGAUAUAGGAAGCUUAGAACCUUCUCCGGGAGACACCCAGUGCCAUCCUCAGAGGACGGUUUUGAAGAAUGGAUGGAUCAUGCCACCCAGGCUCUAGAAGAGUGGGGAGUUCCAGAAAAACAUAAGAAACAGAGGAUUAUGGAAAGUCUCAGAGGACCAGCACUAGAAGCUAUGCGUAAUCUCAAGCUCAGUAAAGAUAAUUGCACUGCCCAGGAUUAUUUAGAUGUUCUGCAGAAUGUGUUCGGGAGAACUGAAAACACCAGUGAACUCCACUACCAACUGGAACACUGUUUUCAAAAGAAAGGAGAAAAGCUAUCUGAAUUCGUCGGCCGCCUGGAUAAGAUCCUGCACCAGAUUUUGUUGAAAGGAAUAGAUCCAAGGGAAGUGGAUAAAGCCCAGAUUCAACAAGUAAUAAGGGGAGCCCAGCCCAUGGAUCCCAUUGCUUUCCAGUUACGAACCCAACAAGGGAGCAGGGUGUUGAAGUACCCUGACCUAAUUCGGAUCAUUCGACAGGAAGAGGUCCUACUAGACCAAAAGAGUAGGUACCUGUAACGGACACAUGCAUGCUGCCGAGACAGUUAUAAUCUUCAUGCAGGGAGGACUACAAGGAACUGCAUGGCU